AUGAACAUUGGCACUGCUUCUGCCAAUACCUCUAAGCAUGAUACCCAGAAGUCUGAUAGGAAGAGAAAGGCUUUCAAGGAUAUUAUCAAAUACUUCUCUAAAGAAGACUGGGAAGAGAUGGGAGACUUUGAGAAAGUCACCCAUGCAUAUAUGAAGAGAAUUUUUGAUGCCAUAGUUAAUCUAGGUCUCAAUAUUUCCACCCCAUCUUUCAUGCAUACUAAUAUAUGGACCCCAAAGAUGGAUGACUCUGAUGACGAAGAGAACCAGGAAGAACCACCUCAGAUGGCUUCCAGUGUACAACUGAGCAAACUCCUGAAGUUUAUAUGGGACACUCACAUUGAAAAGAUGAAGUCCAAGAAGACAUCACAGAAUGAAAAUGGUCUAAAAGCAAUGCCAGGGACAGCAGCCUUGAUGAAAACGUCUGGCGCAGAACAGCCUAAGGAACAGCCAACACCCUUAGGUCAGCAUAAUCAACAGAUCCCAGAACCCAUGAAAAAGGAGACUAACAUUUGGUCUCACAGGCUGCGUGAAAGAAAGUAUCAUGUAGUGUAUGAAGAGAUCAGCGAACCCAAUGAAGACGACUAA